GCGCUGGCUGCCGCUGGCCCGGCUGCACGCGGGGCGGCGCUGGAGGCGGCUCUGUCCGCUGCCGGGGAGGCGGAGGGGAGGAGGGCUGCGGGGCUGGGGUGUUAGCUGCGUCCCGGCUCCGAGCCCGCGAACAGGACUGGGAGGAAGGCGCCGCCGUGGCCGCGGCCGUAGUGUUCCGGGCGCGACGAGCCAUGAGCAGCGGCCCCGCGGGCGCGGGUGGCCGCUGAGUCCAGCCGACAGACAAGCCCGCCGCUCCCCGGCGCCCUCCACAGCGGGCUCCCUCGCGCCCAGAGAAACAUGAUUCCAGUGACAGAAUUCCGGCAGUUCUCUGAGCAACAGCCUGCCUUUCGUGUGCUGAAACCAUGGUGGGACGUGUUUACAGAUUACCUUUCAGUGGCCAUGCUGAUGAUUGGUGUGUUUGGAUGUACUUUGCAGGUCAUGCAAGACAAAAUCAUCUGCCUUCCCAAAAGAGUUCAGCCUUCUCAGAACCACUCCUCUGUUUCCAAUGUCUCUCAGGCAGUUGCCAGUACUACUCCACUGCCUCCAACUAAACCAUCUCCUAGUAACCCCACCACUGUAGAAAUGAAAGGACUGAAGACUGACUUGGACCUCCAGCAGUACAGCUUUAUAAAUCAGAUGUGCUAUGAGCGAGCCCUCCACUGGUAUGCCAAGUACUUCCCAUACCUUGUUCUCAUCCACACCCUGGUCUUCAUGCUGUGCAGCAACUUUUGGUUCAAAUUCCCUGGCUCCAGCUCCAAAAUAGAACAUUUCAUCUCAAUCCUAGGGAAGUGCUUCGACUCUCCCUGGACCACACGGGCAUUAUCUGAAGUGUCUGGGGAAGACUCAGAAGAAAAGGACAAUAGGAAGAACAAUAUGAGCAGGUCCAACACUGUCCAGUCUGGUCCAGAAGGUAGCCUGGUCAAUUCUCAGUCUUUAAAAUCAAUUCCUGAAAAGUUUGUGGUUGAUAAAUCUACUGCAGGGGCUCUGGAUAAGAAGGAAGGUGAACAAGCAAAGGCCUUAUUUGAGAAAGUGAAGAAGUUCCGGAUGCAUGUAGAAGAAGGUGAUAUACUAUAUGCUAUGUAUGUUCGCCAGACUGUACUUAAAGUUAUAAAGUUCCUAAUCAUCAUUGCAUAUAAUAGUGCCCUGGUUUCCAAAGUUCAGUUCACAGUAGAUUGUAAUGUUGACAUUCAGGAUAUGACUGGAUAUAAAAACUUCUCUUGCAACCAUACUAUGGCACACUUGUUCUCAAAACUGUCCUUUUGCUACCUGUGCUUUGUAAGUAUCUAUGGGUUGACAUGCCUUUACACCUUAUACUGGCUGUUCUAUCGUUCUCUGAGAGAGUAUUCUUUUGAGUAUGUCCGACAAGAGACUGGAAUUGAUGAUAUUCCAGAUGUGAAAAAUGACUUUGCCUUUAUGCUUCAUAUGAUAGACCAGUAUGACCCUCUGUAUUCCAAAAGAUUUGCAGUGUUCCUCUCUGAAGUGAGUGAAAACAAAUUAAAGCAGCUGAACUUAAACAAUGAAUGGACUCCUGAUAAGCUGAGGCAGAAGCUACAGACAAAUGCCCAUAACCGACUGGAACUUCCUCUUAUCAUGCUCUCUGGCCUUCCAGAUACAGUUUUUGAAAUCACAGAGUUGCAAUCUCUGAAACUUGAAAUCAUUAAGAAUGUAAUGAUACCAGCCACCAUUGCACAGUUAGAUAACCUUCAAGAGCUCUCUUUACACCAGUGUUCAGUCAAAAUUCAUAGUGCAGCUCUCUCUUUCCUCAAGGAAAACCUCAAGGUCUUGAGUGUCAAGUUCGAUGAUAUGAGAGAGCUGCCCCCCUGGAUGUAUGGACUCCGGAAUCUGGAAGAGCUCUACCUCGUUGGCUCUCUAAGUCAUGAUAUUUCCAGAAAUGUCACCUUGGAGUCUCUGCGUGAUCUCAAAAGCCUUAAAAUUCUUUCUAUCAAAAGCAAUGUUUCCAAAAUCCCACAGGCCGUGGUUGAUGUUUCCAGCCAUCUCCAGAAGAUGUGCAUACAUAAUGAUGGCACCAAGCUGGUGAUGCUCAACAAUUUAAAGAAGAUGACCAACCUGACUGAGCUAGAACUGGUCCACUGUGACCUGGAGCGCAUUCCACACGCUGUGUUCAGCCUGCUCAGCCUGCAGGAAUUGGACCUCAAAGAAAAUAACCUGAAAUCCAUAGAGGAAAUUGUUAGCUUCCAGCACUUGAGAAAGUUGACAGUGCUAAAACUCUGGCAUAACAGUAUUACCUACAUCCCAGAACAUAUAAAGAAACUCACUAGUUUGGAACGUCUGUCUUUUAGUCACAAUAAAAUAGAGGUGCUGCCUUCCCACCUCUUCUUAUGCAACAAAAUUCGAUAUCUGGACUUAUCCUACAAUGACAUUCGAUUUAUUCCACCUGAAGUUGGAGUUCUACAAAGUUUACAGUAUUUUUCCAUCACUUGUAACAAAGUAGAAAGUCUUCCAGAUGAAUUGUAUUUCUGCAAGAAACUUAAAACUCUAAAGAUUGGGAAAAACAACCUGUCAAUACUUUCACCAAAAAUUGGGAAUUUACUAUUCCUUUCCUAUUUAGAUGUUAAAGGCAAUCACUUUGAAAUUCUCCCUCCUGAACUAGGUGACUGUCGGGCUCUGAAGCGAGCUGGUUUAGUUGUAGAAGAUGCUCUGUUUGAAACUCUGCCUUCUGAUGUCCGGGAGCAAAUGAAGACAGAAUAACUUAUUUUUGCCUAAGUCUGACUGACACAUGCUUCUACCAAAUACAGUAUAAAUAAUUAGGUAGUCUUAAUGCCUUUCCUAUUUUAUUUUUUUUUUCUCUUUCACACAAGACAAUAUGUGCACAAAGAUUGAGCAAGGAGUAUGUAUUUUUAAAAUAAAAAUUUAAUUGUAUUUUUUCAAUAUUAAUAUUUUAAAGUUUAUUUGUCCUCAAGCCUAAUGUAUCUGUUAAUUUCUGUUGAUUUAACAGAAAUGGAUGCUUCCAUCUGUUCUUUGUAGUCUUUGUUUUAGCUUUUAAAUUCACUCUCAUGAAAGGGAGAGAAUUUUAAGUUACAUGUUUUUUUUGUUGUUGUUGUUGUUGGUUUUUUUUUUUGGUAUUUUUGCCAAGGUCAUUUUUAGCUUGUUUACACCUGUACAGGGUUCUUUUUCUAUCUGCAUUGUGCUUGUACCGAGGAAUGUGUGCUAAUUAUUUUAAUACCAGCUGCCUUCUUCACUUCCAAGUCCUUCAUUCCAUAUAAAAACUCUUUGCUGGAGUAUAAAUUCACAUAAGUGCAUUGUCACAGACUUAUUAUUUUAAGAUUUCCCAUUACACCAGAAGCCUAAAUUAUGUUAUUUCAUAUACCUGACAGUCUUCGACAAGGAUUUUAUAAAUGGGUAGAGACAGUCAUUUUUCAUGGUUGAUAUGCAUGAGUGAACUACAUAUAAUCUAACUGGUUUUGCAGUUUUCCAACAUUUUAAAACUAACUACAGAGGCCUCACCCCCUUUUAGUUUUAAUAUGACUUUAUAAUGCUGGUGAACAAGCUUACAAGAAACUCAAUUUGUUUUAAUAAAAUAGGUAAUUAAAUUAAAAUCAUAGAUGCCUGUUAUUUUUUCAGUAAUUUAAUCAUCUUUGAUAUCUUGGUAUGUGAGUUCAUCCGAUGGAAAAAAAAAUUUGUUUCACUACUGAAGUGUUCUGUGAAAGAGCCGUUCACUCAGAUCCUCUGCCUUUCUUUGGGCAGUGAGGCAGAGAUAACUAGCCAAAUUCUGCCUGUUGCACAAAAUAAUCCACUUGCAUAUGUGUGUGUGUAGUCAUCAACUUCCUCAAGCUUGCCCAUGCUACAAAUGUUAUAACACAAGCACAGGAGCUUUCAGUGUUUCCUUUGAUUUAAGUGUCUGAAAUGGUUCUGUUAUGUUUUGUUAAAUUAUGACUAAUUUGCCAAGUGGAUGUCCUUUAACAACCAUUUCUGAUGGAAGAAGACAAGCAGUUACUUAUCAUUGUCCUUAAAAAUCCAACCUAGUAUAAGGCUUGGGAAAAAAAUUUUCACUGACUGGUAAGCUGUGUCAAACAGGAAAAUGAAAACACAAUUUGUACCCUCAACCCAGGACUGGCACUGCUGAAUAUGAGAAUUUUGUUUUAUGUGCCAAAUUCACAUGGACCAUUUUCCAAUGUGAUCUAAGAAAGUAAAUUCCAAAUGGAAGUCUGGUCUGAGAAAAAUUUAUAGCUUAAGAUAGAAUUUUUGGGGCUAGGGGAGUCAGGCAGUAGAGCAGUGGGUUAAGCACACGUGGUGCGAACCUCGAGGAACCCGGCUCCCCACCUGCAGGAGAGUCACUUCACGGGCAGUGAAGCAGAUCUGCAGGUGUCUACCUUUCUCUCCCCUUCUCUGUCUCCCCUCCUCACUCGAUUUCUCUCUGUCCUAACCAACGACAUCAACAACAACGACAAUAAUAAUAACCACAACAAUGAUAAAACAACAAGGGCAACAAAAGGGAAAAAAUCGUCUCCAGGAGCGGUAGAUUCAUGGUGCAGGCACCAAGCCCCGGAGAUAACCCUGGAGGCAAAAAAAAAAAAAAAAAAGAAUUUUGAGGUUCAAAAUCAGAUUUAAAUUUGCUCCUUGAUCAUGGUGAAUUUGUUCAAUGCUACUCUCCGUGAUACAUUUUGGGGUGAAGGAUUCAGGUAAGAGAUGCUUUUCAUUUACUUAAUAAUUGUAUCAUGUAGACUGAAAUGCUUCAGUGUUUCUGCCCUAUAGUUAAAGCAUUGGAAUUUUGAUUUUGUAUGGCUGACUUAUUUCCACAUAGAAUGGAAACAAUGUGUCUAAAGUAGUAAGAUGGUUACAUUUCUUGUAAGAUAAAAUAUUUGAUUUCAGAAUACUGUUAGGAUAUUCUUAUUAUAAACAAUGUGCUAUAUUUAGAAACAUGUUCCAUAUUUUAAACAAAUGAACAAAACCUGAUUGUCCAUGGUUGGACAUGACAAAAAUACCCUGUUAAAAGACAAACUUAGAUAACUACUGAAAAAUCAUUAGGUGUGCAGUUUCUCUGGAUAAAAUGUGUUAUUUUCUAUAUAACCCUUCAAAAAGGGAAUCUAUUCAGGUCAAAAUAUAUAUGAUGAAGUCUUUAUCUAAAGUUAACUUAUAAUCUCACAACAAAUAAAUCACAAGUAAUUUUACCACUUGUAACAAUUUGCUCAAAAUUCUAAAAGAAUUUACUCUUAAAUAAUUUUGCAGGUCAGAUCUCAGUGUCAGUUUAAAUAAUACCCAGCAAGUCACUAUAAUUCUAAGACUUUGUUUUAAUAAAAGGGAAAAUUCAAAUAUUUUAUAAAAGUACUAAGGUCUGAAACUUCAUCUGGAAUCUGAAUUUUCUGACUCUAGCCCUUUUUACUAUUGUAAUUUUUUUGUUCGCAUUCUUAAAUACUCAAUUACUAUUUAGCCUUUAAAUGGUAAACUCAGGUAAAUGAACUGCUAACUUUUCUAAAAUCCUUUAGCCAAUUAACUCAAUGUAAAAGGGAUAUGUCCCUUCCAUAUUUACAAGUGCUCUUGAUAUAUAUAUAUAUAUACUAGUUCUCUUUCUCCAGCUAGGAUUUAUGAAAAAAAUGCUUUUGGAAAUAUGCACCACCUUAAAUAUUCAUAAUUCUUACAACUGCUUGAAGCCCAUAAUGGGUGUGCUUUUUUGAUCAAUUUUAAUGGUUAAGUGUAAAACAAACAAUUGUGUGUUGAUAAUCUGGUUGAUUCAGCAUAUGAAUAUAUCCAAUUGGAAUCUGCCUAAGGAGACCACACAUGAAAAGAAAAGAAAAAAAAAAACUAGUUAUUUCUUGGGGGUUUUGUCUUGUUUUUAGCACAAAAGUUUUAAUAUAAAGGUUCUUGAUAGAGUGUCAGUGACCUACCUGUUUUACCAUUGGAAUUUUUUUUUAUUGUUUCUCUACUUUUUUUGUUUCUGCCAUUACAUUUCCCAUGUAAUUGUUGUAGUGAAUUCUAACAACUCACAUGAAAUCCUGUGCAACCAGCACUGCUUUUUCAAAAUGGUUUAGCAAAAAAAAAAAAAAAAAAAAUGCCAACUAGUAUUUUGUUCAUUUGCAGGUAUCUCCUUAAUGAUUUCUUAAACUAUCUUUGUAAAGAGGGAUAUUCAUAACCAGGAAACUUCCUGUAACUUGGGAUGAGGAAAGUCCAAUUUUUUUUCUCAGUAUGCGAUAUUAUGAUUUCUGAUAUUAAAAAAGAAGGAAAAAUUGUGGAUCUAUAUAUCAUGUUACCAUUCCCCCAAAAGUUUUGGUGUUGUGUAUUUAUUCUAAUUCUACUGCAAAUUCAUCCUUUAAGUAAUUUAUUUUUCUGUUAAUUGUCUACCAAUGCCUGAUCAAUCAAUAGCAAUGAUUAUUUGUGUAAAGCAGACAUUCAUGAUCAAUCUUUAUGAAAGUUGUUAGCAGUACUUCAUGAAUAGAUAAGAUAAAUGGCAAUAUAAGUUCAAUUUGUUUUGAGAGACUGAAGAUUCAAUUAGCAUCUCUUAUUAAUCCUGAAUAUUUUAAACUGCUCACUUUUUUUUUUUUUCAUAAAGUCUCAGUAACUCAGGGUAGGGUUCCAUACUAACCUUAAAUUAGCAAGACAAAUGAACCAAACAGUCCAGAUAUAAGGAGAAUACCUCAAGGUUAGUAAGGUUUUCUCAUCCUCCCUUGUCUACUCAGCAAAAUUAUAAGAAAACUUGAAUAGUCUCAGCUAUAGCUACCAGUUAUUUUUCAGAUGUAGAUCUUAGUAACAUGUUUUUGAAAAAAUGCCAUAACAGCCUUCCAAACUAGGUUUGCACUCUUAUUUUAUAUUCCUAAAUUACCCUGGUAAAGGUGACAUCCUUAAUUUAAUUGGGUGAAGAAUCUUAUCUCCCCCGAAGAUUUUUUACUUUAUAGGGAGAACCUGAAAAGGGGGUAUAUAACUUUUGGACAACUUAUUUUCUUUCUGUGCCAACAGUUUUUAUGCAUAUUUUUAAUGUAGUAUAAUUUUACUUUCUGCUGAAUAUCAUUCCCUCUCUUAUAUGAUUCUGUCUUUUUAAUAUUUUGGGAGAACUGAAACUCAAUGUGCUCACUCAGCUUCUCUUCUGUUGAUUGUUUUCUCUUGCUAUAUGUGUUCUGAUUGUAUCAAAUGCUGGUGAAUCCUGUAACUGUCAAGAUAGAGCUCGAAAGUUGAUUUAUCAUAGUGCAAAUUCAUGAUAAAAUUUCAUAAUGUUAUUGGCUAUGUAGUAUACAGGAACCGAAAAUAAAAUCAUGUUUGUAAUUUAAAAUUUGA